CUUUUUAUUCUGCCGGGCGGACCUCACAACAAAAGAAAACCGCAACCCGCGAAGCCCUAAUCCCUUGCCUCAUCUCUCUCUCUCUCUCUCUCUGGGAGGCAAGCGGCGAGCGGCGAGCGGCGAGCGAGAUGGCGGCCGGCAAGCAGACGGUACUGCAGUUCUUCCCGUCGACGACGAGUCUGAGCGCGAGAGUCCACCCCGUGGUCCUCUUCAACAUCUGCGACUGCUACGUGCGGCGCCCCGACCAGGCCGACCGAGUCAUCGGCACCCUCCUCGGCUCCGUCUCCCCCGACGGCACUGUAGAGAUCAAGAACUCCUACGCCGUCCCCCACAACGAGUCCGCCGACCAGGUUGCUUUGGAUAUUGAUUACCAUCAUAACAUGUUUAUGUCCCACCAGAAAGUCAACCCAAAGGAAGUGAUAGUUGGAUGGUAUUCGACUGGCUUUGGUGUUUCAGGUGGGAGUACAUUGAUACAUGACUUUUAUUCAAGAGAAGUAUCAAAUCCUGUUCAUCUUACUGUUGAUACUGGAUUCCAAAAUGGUGAGGCUUCCAUCAAAGCUUAUGUGUCUGUCAAUUUGUCUCUUGGAGAUAGGCAACUUGCGGCGCAAUUUCAAGAAAUUCCUCUGGAUCUGCAGAUGAUCGAAGCGGAACGAGUUGGAUUUGACAUCUUAAAGAUGUCACUGGUGGACAAGCUUCCAAAUGAUUUAGAAGGAAUGGAAGCUUCAAUGGAAAGACUGCUUGCCUUGAUUGAUGAUGUCUACAAAUAUGUGGAUGAUGUUGUGGAAGGACGUGUAACCCCAGAUAAUAAUAUCGGGAGAUUCAUUGCAGAUGCUUUGUCAUCAGUUCCCAAACUUUCUCCGGCAGCAUUUGACAAGCUUUUCAAUGAUAGAAUUCAGGAUAAUCUUGCACUGGUUUACUUAUCGAGCCUCACUAGGACACAACUCAGUGUAGCAGAGAAGCUGAAUACUGCUGCCCAGAUAUUAUAGUUUCUCUACCACUCAUGAAUGAAAGCUGAGCCAUUCCUUAUUAUGAUUGGGCCACCCAAAGAUCUGAGCGUUGUGGUUGUUUGUCAGAGAAUGAAUAUCAUCAGAUUGUAACUCUUGACAGCAUUCAUUUUCAUUAAGUUGAAGUUUUGAAUUUUAUUUUCUAAAAAAAAUAUCUUAAGCUUUGAGAAUUAAAGGGAGUGGAAGGUUAUUAUGACAGGAGUAAUUCCUCUGAUGUUGUCAUCGAGGAUUUAUUUUUUAGUUAGUUUCUGCAAGACUUCAUCAAGAUAAAUUUGGCCUGGAACUGUUGCCCAUCUAUUAUAUGAAGUGUUAGCUUAUCA